GUCCUGCCUGGUGGGUCACUGACUCAGAUCCUGUAGACCAAGCGCUGCUAGUGGAGCCGGGGGACCCGGGGCCUUCCGUGGUGCCUGGUAGCACAGAAGGAUGGCCGCUGCACCUCGACCAACAGCAGAGAAGAGAAGAUGGCCGGCUGGCCCUGCCUCCUGCUGCUUGGCUUCUUGGUGCUGGCCCUGCCAAGGAGCACUGCCUGCCCCCAACUGCCCCCAUGCCAGUGCUUCGGCAACACCACCGUCUUCUGCUCGGGGAAGAACCUCUCGGGCAUUCCGGAUGAGGUCCUGGCCCACGCCACGCAGCUCUUCUUCGUGGAGACGUCGCUGGACUCCCUCCCAUGCCGGGCCUUUGCCCGAGGCGGCAACGGCAGCCGCGCCCUCAGCAAGCUGGCCUUCCUGGACUGCCCCCUCCGCGAGCUGUCGGAAUGUGCCCUGGCGGGGCUGCCCCAUCUGCAGGAGCUGGACAUCGCCCUCAGCCCACUGGCCGGUCUCCCUCGCGGUGUGCUCCUCGGCUUGGACCGCCUGCGCAGGCUGGCCGUCAGGUACAGCCGCCUCGAGGCCCUGGAGGAGGGGCUCUUCGACGGCACCCUGGGGCUCGAGGUGCUGCACCUGCAGGGGAACCGGCUGGCGGCUCUGCCCCCACAAGUCCUCCAUCCCCUCACCCGCCUCCGGUCCCUCUCCUUGUCUCAAAACCGGCUGGUGGAGCUGCCCGCUGAGGCGUUCGGGCCCCUACGGCACCUCCGGGAGCUGCGGCUGAGCAACAACUUCCUGACGCACCUCCCACCGCGGCUCUUCCGGCCCCUCUCGGAGCUCCGGGAGCUCUUCCUGGAUGGGAACGGCCUGGCCCAGCUGCCUGGUGGCCUCUUCGCGGGGCUGCCCCAGCUGAAGCGGCUGCACCUGCAGCACAACGCCCUGCAGCACCUGGAGCCACCCGCCCUCUCCCCUGCGCUGCCCAGCUUGGCUUUCCUGAGCCUGGAUGGGAACCAGCUGGCGGAGCUGCCUGAGGGGCUCUUCUGGGGGACCCCCAGCCUGGUGGAGCUCUCAUUGGCCCACAACUGGCUGCGGGAGCUCCCGGAGGGGCUCUUCGGUAACCUCUCUGACCUGUCAGUCCUCUGCCUGUCCCACAACCACCUCACCGGGGUGGCCGCCGGCGCCUUCCGCGGCUUGCCCAGCCUGGCCCGGCUGCAGCUGAGCCACAACCGCCUCUCCCUCCUCCCCGGGGCAGCCUUUGCCGACCUCAUCAGCCUGGAGGCCUUGGACCUUGCCGGCAACCGGCUGGAGAGCCUGCCGGAGGGGAUCUUCAAUGCCAAUGAGGUCCUGGUCAGCCUGGCCCUGGGGGGCAAUCCCUGGCUCUGCGACUGCCGCCUGGCACCCCUGGCAGACUGGCUGCACUCCCUGGACCACCCGCUCAGCUUCCGGGUCUUCUGUCAGGGUCCCGCCUCCUUGAAGGGCAGGACUCUCCUGGCUGCGAGGAAGGAGCGCCUGCUUUGCCCCCGUCAGCCUGGAAGCCCCCGUUGCCGAAGGGAGGCUCGGGGCACCUCCGGGGAGUCGGGCGCCCUGGCCCAGGGCACUUAGAGGCUCAGUCUGUUGGCUGGUGAGGGUCGGAUGUCAGCCGGCAUUGAGAAGGGGCCCCCGCCAUGCCCAGGAGGCAGGGUGCCAGCAAGCAAGGGCAUUACCCAACCUAGACAUUUCUGCACCCCCCUGGCACAGCUGGGGUGACAUGAAGAGGAGGGCCAAAAUGGGGUGGGGGUGCGGGAUACACACCUCUCUGGUGGUCUUCUGUUGGACAGCUGGAUACCUGUUGUAAGUGCCCCCCUCCCGCAGCUUCUGUGCUGUGGUGCCCACGGUGUGGGGGUGGGGGGAGCUGUAUUCUGCAGUCCGCGGCUGGUAUCCUUGCGGUGAAACUGCCACAGCCUGACGGUGGAGGAGCCGGUGGAAGAGCCUCCUCUCUGCUUCCCCUGGGAGGAGGGAAGGGGAGAAAGUGGGUCUUGCGUGCCCUGGGGGGGAACCCCAAAGCCCUGCUGCCCCACCUCCUCUCUCCUUUGGCUGCCCUGCUCCCGGUUGGGAGUCUCCCUCUGCUGAAACCAGGGACCAGGUGUGCCCCCAGUAACCUCAGUGAGGGGGCUAUAGGAGCAGGGCAGCCCAGCCCCCCAAUCUAGUUUGGAACAAGUUGCCACAGGCUGUUCGGAGUAGCUCCUGAUGGCAGAGCCCAAAAACACCUUUUUGAAAGCAGGGCAAGAAAAGGGAGGCCGAGGCUGUUCUGGGAGGGGGGGGGGGAGCUCCAUGCUGGGCAGGCAGGGCAAGAUAGGGAGACCCCCAUCUUCCUGGGCAAGCUGAAGACAACGACACGCACACACCCCGAAAAAUGUUUGCCCCCCUUCUUUUGGGCCAGCUCUAAAGACCUUUGGAUUCCAGCUUGGCUUGAUGAUGUAACUGCUGCUGCUGCUGCUGCUGCGACCAUUUAAUUUUUUCCCCCCGUUUUUGCAGAUUUCUCACGUAUUUAUGUGUUGCUAUCAUUGUCGGUGUCAUGAUGUUUCAGGACUUGCGUAUCUGUGAGAUCAUUGUGUGAUAUUUUACAGAGGCUGGGUGAAAGCUAAUCCGAAGUUAAUCAAACUAAAGUUCAUAUAAUGUGUUUUGCCCAAACCAAUAAACCAUUAUAGUCAGUUGUUACU